UGCAUACAUAGUACAAACGCAUCUCUCUCUCUCUUUCUCUCAUCUGUACUCUUAAAAUUCUCCGCCACCCCCAACAUUACACCUUCCCCACCAACCCCAACACACGAGGAGGGAGACAGGGAGUCAAGGAAGGAGGUUGUUCAGCCAGAUUACUUUGCGGUUUGCUUCCGUAACGGUGUCAUAUUGUUGUCUCUCGUCCUGAAUAGCGCCAAACCGUUUUGCUUCCUCUAAAGUGAAUUCGGGACCGUUUCGUCUUAUAUCUCUUACUUGGAAGUGAAGGAAUACUUAUACACAGAACUGCUAAGUGAGAUCCGUCCAGGAAUACUUUAUAAGAUCAAGGGGAAGCCGACCACCUCCAGCUAUGAACCUAGAUCCAGGCAUCGUCUGCUACCAACAUUGCCAAGGGCGCCUCUUCGCUUUCUCGCUGCCGGCGGCCUGCCCGCUCUGUAGGGUCAGUCUGGAGAGCGAACCCCUCCGGAUCCCCCCCUUCAGGCUGCCCUACCCCUUCGUCAGAGCUUCUCAGUCGCCGUGUUCGCUCGUCAUCAAACCAACCAAGGGAGACUUCUUGCAUGACUACAAGAGCACGCACGACCUCCACAUCGGGGUGACAGACAGCGAAGGUCGAGUCUUCGAGUACGAGCAGGAGGGACUCCAUUCCGACUACACCUCCUCCUGGAGCCAGUGCCUGGCGAUUCCCAUCAUAACCGAUUCCUCCAACCGCCUGGACCCCGUCUGGCAGGAAUACUGGGACUUCACUCUCAACACGCUUGCCAAGGACCCCGUCUGGUGCGAGGAGAGGUACGACGAGACGUCGUUCAACUGUUACUCCUUCGUCGUGGAAUUCCUCCAGCGCCUCGCUCCUCCGGGACUGGAGGUGAAGACCCUGAGCAAGACGUCCCUCUGCAGUCAGCUCUUCCUGCCCUACACCAUCCCAGCAGCCAAGUACAUCUCGCUGUACCGGUCCCUCCUGAAGGAGAAAGUGGUCCCCGUCCAGAGCUCAUAGAUUGUGGGGCCUCGAGAUCCCACACAGGAAUGAAAGAAGUCUUCCAUCUCUGGUUGAAAUAGCUCCCUUAAAAGAAGCCAGAUCUCCUACUUAAAUAAGGAAGAAGAAGAAGAAGAAGAAGAAGAAGAAGAAGAAGAAGAAGAAGAAGAAGAAGAAGAAGAAGAAGAAGAACUUGCAGAAAUGACAGACGUUCUCCUCCAUCGCUAGUUGGGCUCGAAACUCCUCUGGUCGGGGAACUUAUAGAGAAAGAUAUUUGUAGAGAAUGCUGAAUGUUUUCAGAGCAAAUUACUAUAGUUCUUUAAUUUAGACGUGGCAGAGAUGAGACGUGGGAGAGAAGUGAUAUUUUAUUUUUUUUUUUUGUCUCUUAGGCUGUUAAACAAAAAAGAAAAUAAAACUAUCUUCAUUUUUCACCUGAAGCGAGAUAUUUAUCUUCCUGACCUAUAUUGUAUAUUGUAGGUCUAGAUAUUAAGAUGUCAUAGUGUUUAUAUAUAUAUAUAUAUAUA